AUGACUGGGAAUCAGAGAAUCCAUGGUUCAUUCCCUCAUGCAGAUACCGUGCGUAUGGGCACUAAAUGUCCUCUAGUCAUCUCAAUAGUUGGAGAGCCAUUGAGACAGCGGCGGCGGGCGGGCGGCCGCGUUGCGGGUCCGGGCGGCGCAGGUCGGGGAGCGCCCCCUCCCUGCCGGAGAGUGGCUUACAGAAGAGAUGAAAUGUGGUCUGAGGGACCAUAUGAGUACGAAAGGCUUCCAAGAGACCGAGUACCUCCUCGAAGUCACCCCAGUGAUGAGUCUGGCUACAGGUGGACAAGAGAUGAUCAUUCUGUAAGCCGACAGCCUGAAUACAGGGACUUUAGAAGAAAAAGUUUCUACUCUUCCCAUUAUAUGAGAGACCGGUCUCCACAUAAAAGAGAUGCUCCUUUUUUCAGAGAAUCGCCUGUAGACCGAAAGGAUUCUCCACACAGCAGAUCUGGCUCCAGUGUCAGCAGUAGAAGCUACUCUCCAGAAAGAGGCAAAACGUACUCUUUCCAUCAAUCUCAACAUAGAAAGUCCGUGUGUGCUGGUGCCUCCUACAAACGGCAGAAUGAAGGAAAGCCGGAAAGAGAUAAAGAGAGACCUGUUCAGUCUUUGAAAACAUCAAGAGACACCUCACCCACAAGUUCCUCAGCAGUUACUUCAUCAAAGGCGCUGGACAAGCCCAGCGGGCUGACUGAGAAGGAACUUGCUGAGGCUGCCAGCAAGUGGGCCACAGAGAAGCUGGAAAAGGCAGAUGAGAGCGACCUGCGGGAAAUUGCUGAGUAUGAGGCCGAGCCCACAGCCCCGCUGUUCAUAGACCGUCCGGAGGAGCCCGAGUCACAUGCCCCAGAGGCAUCGGAUUAUUUGGACAGUCAACCGACCAGUCGCUCUAAAGCAAUGGCAUCAAAAACCAAAGAGAUUGAGCAGAAGCAUAUGCUGAACUGUGACCCCGGUUGGCCCAAGUGGAGCUGGGCUUUUUCUUCGCCUCGAGAAUCUUGUGAGACUGGUAAGAGUGAGAAGUCCGCCAACUACGCGGGUUCUUCGGCGCAGCACGGUACCACCUUGGAAAGAGGGUCUUUGCUCAGAUACAGCGGCCGGCCAGAGACGGCAAAUAAAAUGGAAGAUCCUUCUCUGUGGGAAAGCAGGCCUUGGAUUUGA